AUGUGGUUUAAAAAUAUCUACUCCAAAGAGGAAGGGAGAGAGAAGAACUUCGCCGGUCAAGACGAUGCCAUCGAUUAUGAUGAAGAGGAGCAACAGAGGAAAGACGAGGAGAUGGACGGGAAGGAGGACGACGUGCAGGAACCUGUGAUGGACGGAAAGGAGCAGCCGGCGGAUGAGGAAGAGUGCCCCCUGGACGAUACCCAAAUGAACGAACAAAUUGAAAGCAUUAUAAAUAACAUGACAUCGGAUGAAGAGGAAGAAGGAGAAGUGGUGGAGGACGAAAUCCCGUACGAUCGAAUUGAAACAAAUAACGAAUUAAACAAAGAAGUGGUUCUUCUCAAUUUCUACGCAGACAUGUCUAGUCAGAGGUUAAAUGCUCUGAUGAGUAUCUUCGGGAAAGUGAAAAAUUCCUUUAUAGACGACAACGAGGGGGUCCACGUAAUUUUUAACUCUGUUAAUAGCUCCAAAAGGGCAAAGGAACUUCUUGAUAAUUUAAAAAUAAAAAAUAGGAGGAUACAAGUUAUUUACGGGAAAUAUGAGGAAAGGAGAGAUGAUCCCCGGAUGGGUAAUGCCUCUGCCAGAUGGAACGACACUACUGAUGGUGUAGUCGCAGAAGGUGUCCCUAACUCGGAUGAAGUAAGAGGAAUGUUCAACGAUGCUUACACCAAUUCGUAUGAUAACAAAUCAGCCAACCCUAAAAACGGAAAGACACCUGUAAAGCUGUAUAAAAAUAGGAAGUAUUACCUGAACGCGGUUUCUACACAUGCCCAGAAUAGCGUAGACAACAAUUUCACAUACACCAAUCCAAUAAAAGGUGUAAUACCCCAUGUGAAGACCAACACGUACUUUAUCCCUCCUGCUUCCAAUGCAAAUAUGUUGAAUGAAUUCAUUCCUCCAUCCGAAAUAUCUUUUAAUCAACAGGAAAAGGCACCCAUAAACAACCACUUGCCAAACCACACGAGAGGUGGCAAUCCGAACAACCAACACAAUCACAGUCAGGCGCAUCAGCCGGAUCAAAACGCUCUCGACGAUAUGAAUACCUUCAAUAACGUUGUUAAUUAUGUACAACACCCCCCUCCUCCCCCUCCCCCAACGUCGAGAACACUGUAUAGUCAGUCGUUUAAUGAAUCGGGGAGAGGUAAUCAUAUGGAAACCUACCAUCACUAUAACCAUCCAAAUAACCCACCAGGUGUAUAUAAAAAGAGUAGCUUUGAUUCCCCCUCUGGAAAUCCUCCCUAUGUGACCUACUCCAAUCAGCCUCCUACGUCUAGUAGAAACUUACACAUGAAGGGAGUGCCUCCCCCCCCUCACCUUAUUGGAAACUCCAAUCACGGUGAAACGGGCAUUACUAAUCAAAUCGGAGGAAAUCAUCCUCCUCUUCCGAUAAUCUCCCGUUCAAGGGAUCUUCCUACCUCUUCCACAGGACCACUCUAUAACAACAACUUCCAUAGGCCCCAUGCGAAUAAUGAUCAAUACCAUGGUGGGAACUCAUCUUACGGGAAUCUCGCCAACAAUGAGGAUUACCCCACUCCCCAUGGGCUCUAUACCAACCACGACGAGUACCCCGCGCAUGCAGGGUACUCCCCACAUGCAGGGUACCCCCCUCACUCGUCCCACACACUGAAGCCUCCGAAGGUUACAACGUAUAACAAACCAGUGAAGAAUAGUAGAUAUCAUAACCAAUUACUAGCUACCGAAAGGGAACACUACCAAAACGAUGAAUCAGUAGAAUACACCCCAUUUAAUGAAGAGAACCCAUUUGGAAUUAGUGAAGAAAAUAAAAUGGUGAACAAUCCUACCUGGAAAGAAAGGAAGACAAAACAAUUUCUACAGUGGGAUCAAGAUGCAUCUGUCGAAAAGAAUCAUCUCGAUUUCGUAGAAUCAUUUGGAUCAGCCAAAAUAUUUAAUAGAUACCUACUCGUAACGAACAUUCCCGAUCAUCUGGAUAAUGAGAGCACACUGAAGGAAUACAUCAAUGGGUUAUAUCCGGACGAGAAAAUGCAGCACUUCUGUGUUGAGGUUUCCCUAUUUGUCCCUGUCGAAGUAGACGAGGAGAGGUUCUUCAAGAAUGAUCUUAAGGUGGAGCAUGACGAUGCACCUAUCCAAGGGGGGGAUGACGAUGCAACAAUGAAGGAGGAGGUACCCAUGAAGGUGGAGGAGGAGGCACCCAUGAAGGUAGAGGAGGAGGCACCAGUCAAGGAGGGGGAAGAGGUUAACCUUGAGAAUGCCCCCAUCAAGGAGGGAGAGAAUGAUGGACUCGUCAAGGAAGAUGAUGCACCGAAGGAGGAAAUGGAGGAGAAGCCCAAGGGGGCCAGGCGUAGGGGCGCGAGGAAGGCGGCCGCGCCUAAGCAGAGGAAGGGGCGAGGAAAGGCGAAAGUGGAGGUGGAACAAGUAGAACAAGUGGAACAGGCGGAGCAAGCGCAACAGGCGGAACAGACAGAACAGGUGCAACAGGCGGAACAGACAGAACAGGCGGAACAGACGGAACAAGCGGAACAGGCGGAACAGGCAAACCAAGCAGACCAAGCAGAAUCCCCCGCGGAGUUAGCGAGCGGGAAGAGGUAUGCUCACCUGACCUUCCGAACGAUCAAGAGUUGCGUGGAGGUGAAGAAGGCGCUAGAGAAAGAAAAAUUUAGAGUGACUUUCUCUGCACCUAGUAAAGCCAACGUCUGUCUCUGGGUAGGAAAUCUUUUGCGAAGUUAUUUUAUGAACACAGCCAGUAUUCUAAAAACUAUGUUCAGUCAUUUUGGUCCAUUGAAAAAUAUCAGAUAUGUCUCCGACAAAAGUUGUAUCUUCCUCCAAUAUUCCAGUGUGUUGGACGCCAUCAAGGCGAGGAAUCACAUGUAUGGGCUUCAGAUAACAAAUAAUACAAUUCUUAACAUAGAUUUCUCUGUUUUGGGGGAAUGGGAAGGAAAACAACAGAAGAUCAGUUCUACCCGAAAAAGGUUGCUAGAUGCACUUGCAUACGAUAAUGGAAAAAUUAAAGAGAGGUUAGAAUCCAACUUGAGGAAGAGGAACACUGGGUUUAUCGACUCAAAGGUUAUGCAUCUCUUAAGGAAAGAAGGCAAUCAUGGUAGUGGUAUCGGAGGAGAGGGGGUGCGCCUUAAAAGACAUGCCACGGAGAGGAGUGAUAACUACCAUGUAAAGAGAAGACAAUACAUGGAUGGAAAACGUUCACGCAGCACAUCUAUGCAUAGGAGAAAAUAUAGAUCCUAUGCCAUUGACACUUAUCCUACUAGUAACUCAGUUAAUGAUAAAACACAUGGCCCCGGUGAUCAUCUAAGGCAUGAUAAGAGAGAGUCAAGACGAUCUUCCAAAAGAAAGGGAAUGACUACGCCGGAUUAUUCUUACCACCGUAGUCAACGCCAUGAGUACCAUCAUGGUGACAGCCAUCAUGGUGACAGCCAUCAUGGGGACAAUCAUCAUGGGGACCGCCAUCAUGGUGACCAACAUGAUCAUCGUCAUCAUCAUAGAAGGCACAAGAGGAGAAGAAGCCGAAAUGGAACAAGUGCGGAGCGCGCUGAUGGCGCUGGGUAUAACUCUCCAUUUGAAAGAAGAGAUUCACCAAGCGAUAUCGCCAAGGGUUCCACCAACCGAGGCCACGCAAAGGAAAACACGGAAAGCGACUUUAACAGUUUGGAUGAUAUCGAGCUCAACGAUUACAACGAUAUUCAAAAAACUGUUUCCUUCUAUGUAAACCAGAAGUACAAAUGCGACUUCAUCUCCAACUUUUAUGACGGGAAUCCUGAACUCAAAAUUUACCCCAAGCUGAACGUCGAAACGAAGAGUGAUGUUCAGAAUCUCAUGAACAUUCGGAACUCCUGUAUCGACUAUUCCGUGUGGCAGUUGGGACCAACCGUCAAACAGAAGAAGAAGUUCCUACAUAUCUGCGAGCACUUUAGCAAGAAGAAAAAUAUCCCCGUCAUCAUCGACAAGAAUUUCACUAUCUUUAUCGUUCCCAUGAAGGAGGACUACCUCAAAGACCUUGGGAUCGACAACCCGGACUUCAUGUACGCCUUUGUUCUCCAGACGAAAAAAAUCUAG